GAAAGAAGAAACAGAGUGAGAACUGAGAAGUGAGUACAGAUUAGGGUUUCUGAGUGCGGCUCUCAUUCUGCGACUCUGCAACUUUCGCCGUUAACCCCCUUCACGCGUCACAAUGGCUGAACAAGGAAACCGUUUCUGGAAAUCCAUUGGCCUUGGAUUUAAGACUCCCAGGGAUGCCAUUGAAGGAACCUAUAUUGACAAGAAAUGCCCCUUUACCGGAACUGUUUCCAUCCGUGGCCGAAUCUUAGCUGGAACUUGUCACAGUGCUAAGAUGAAUAGGACUAUCAUUGUUAGGAGGAAUUAUCUUCAUUUUAUCAAGAAGUAUCAGAGAUACGAGAAAAGACAUUCGAAUAUUCCUGCACAUAUAUCACCCUGCUUCCGUGUGAAGGAAGGAGAUCAUGUUAUUAUUGGCCAAUGCAGGCCACUUUCAAAGACGGUGAGGUUCAAUGUGUUGAAAGUGAUCCCAGCUGGAUCUUCAAGUGGUGCAAAGAAGGCAUUUGCUGGAAUUUGAGAUUUGAUUCAGUUUUUUGUUGAAGGAUAAUGUUAUCUUAUUAGUUAGUAAAACUGAUUCCUGGAAGAUUAUCAUAUAAAGAUAUGAUCAAUUUUGGAUUUCCUUUAAGAUUAUGUUUGUGAAUGACCAAGUGUUAUCCUUUUAAAUUUAUCAA